CGUGUCUGUGUGGUUUGAAAUGGGGGGGCAGGGCAGGCUGAUCGGGGGCCUGGCGCUGUGUCUGAUGGGUGUUUUAGGAGUAUGUUUGACAUGUGGACUUCCAAUGUGGCGUGAAACAUCUUUCGUGGGAGCAAAUGUUGUGACUGCACAAUCUGUGUGGGAUGGUCUGUGGUUGCACUGCAUCGUUCAAGCAACAGGUCAGAUGCAGUGCAAGAGACACACGACAGGCAUCACCAUGACCUCUGACAUCCAGGCAGGACGAGCCCUCACGCUGAUCUCCAUCAUCGCCGGCAUCCUGGGCUUCAUCGUCACUCUCCUCGGAGGAGGAGCAGUCAACUGCAGUGGAGAUCCACCUGAUCCUAUUGAACCUCUGUCCAAUGCUUCCUCCAGAAAGAAGGCCUGCCUGCUGGGUGGAGCUCUGUGUCUCCUGUCUGGCAUCCUGUGUCUGGUUUCAGUCACCUGGUCAGCAGUAGCAACCAUCUCAAUCUACAAUGACCCUUUAGUGACUGCAGCAUUAAAGAGGGAGGUGGGCUCCUCUGUCUACAUCGGCUGGGCCUCCUCGGUGCUCCUUCUGCUCGGUGGUGCUCUUUUCUGCUUUGUCUGUGGGGACAAGAAGAGGUCCCAGCCUUCCUACUACUACAUGCCGAGCAACUUCAGCACUCAGUCCAGCGACAGCUCAUCCCGCAGAGCCACUCUGAGGUCUGAUGUUCUGAGAUCAAAUACCCCGCAGACGUUUGAUCCUUACACGCAGACAAGGAUGGUAGAGCACAAAGCCCAAGUGCAUCGCUAUAACUACCUUAAUAACGCUCCGAGUGUGGCUGGGCUGUACAAUCAGUCUCCGACUCACCCACAGUUUGAGCAGAGCACCUUUGGACGUAAUUCAUCAAACAGAUCACAGACACAGAGUCGUAUUUACAAUAGUAAAUCUGAUGGAUUGUUGUUCUGAGAAUGACUGCACACAGGAAUCCCUUAGCUGUUGUGGUCACUUACAUGUUAAUUAAUGGCUACUAUGGCGCUGAUUUCUUCUUCUGGACAAAUAAAGACCAGUCAUUACAUAUACACAAAAUAGAUAUGUGAGGUGGUAUAAAACGAUGCACAAGUCGAAGAUAAAAGUGUGCAUUUUAUGAAACAGUGCAGCUUAUAAUUAAAAGCGUCUUGGGUAUGACAAGCUUUCAUUAACAUUAUAAAGUUUAAAUGGAACAAUACGAUAGAACUAAUAUUAGUGGAACACUGUGAUAUAAUGAUUUUGACUUAAAGGCUACUGAAUACAUUUUUCUUUGCUUGUAUUCUUUUUGUUCUUCUGCAGAUAUUGUUGAGACAAAUAUCAUGGCAUCAAAAAAAUGCAAACUGUGGACUGCAGGUUUACAGUGUUUAUUGUGGUAUAUGUGAAAAUCAAGGCUUAAUACAAGAUUUAUCUAAAUUAUACUUGCAUGUCUAUAUAUAUUAAUGUGCGUGUGUGUGUUUUUGCUUUCCCCCUUUGCAACAAGCACAUCUUAUUGGUAUCUUUUAUGUAGCAUUUGCUUGAGAAAAGACUGUAUCUGGUCAAAACAGCGCUAAGAAAAUUAAAGGGUUUAGGGUGUAUCCAUUUAAUGUAAAACAAACAAACAAACAAAAAUUAAAAUCACUGUUUUCAUUUCA